AUGGAUGUGGAACCCAACGAAAUGGUGAUCGUGAGCACACUGGCUGCGUGCUCCGGCGCCAAGGAUCUCGCGCUGGGCAAGGCCAUCCACGCGAGAAUUCUCUCCCCGGAUCUCCGCAAGAGCGUGUUCGUUGGGACAGCGCUCCUCAACAUGUAUGCCAAGUGUGGAGCGAUCAAGCAGGCCAGGGCGGUGUUCGAUCGGAUGCCGCACAAGGAUGUAGUGUCCUGGACUGCGAUGAUCACCACAUUUGCCCAGAUGGGGGAUUGCCGCCAGGCGCUCGAGACGCUCGAGGGGAUGAUCCAAGCUCGCGUCCAGCCCAAUCCGGUGACCUUCGUCGCGGCGAUCACUGCGUGCUCCAGCAGGGAAUUUCUUGAUCGGGGCAGGAAGAUCCACGCCGCCGUGAUUGACCUGGGCCUCCACAGCGACAUCACAAUCCAGAAUGCGCUCGUCUCGAUGUACGCGAAGGGUGGCAGCACGGAGGAAGCUCUUGCGGUGUUCCAGAGGAUGGAAGAUCGCAACAGGGUCUCGUGGAACAGCAUGAUCGCGGCCUUUGCCGUGAGCGCACAGUCCUGCGCGGCGAUGGGCCUCUUCCACGGCAUGAACUUGGAAGGGAUCAAGCCUGACGACGUGAGCUUUCUGGGAGUUAUAAGUGCUUGCUCGAGCGCUUGCUUGCGAUCGUGCAAGCGGAUCCACUCGCAGCUGGAGCUCGCCGCGGUGCACUCUCCUCCGGAUUUGAGCGUGGAGAACUUGCUUGUCACUGCCUACGCCAAGUGUGGAGAUCUAGAGGCCGCCGAGAGGAUUUUUCAGAGAAUCCCAGGCAAGAACGUCGUGUCCCGCGCUGCGGCAGCAUGGGAGACGCCGCCGCCACCUUCCACCGCAUGA